GUGUUUGUUCGCUUCCUUGAAGAAUUCUCUAUCGUCAUGGCUGAUGUUGCAACUUCGUCUGCUCCUGCGAAUGCAGCGCCGAAGAAGGCUGCCACGAAGAAGACCAGCUCGAAAAAACCCGCUGUCAAGGCCGCUCAUCCAUCCGCCGCGGAGAUGGUGAACAAAGCCAUUGCAGCUCUGAAAGAUAAGAAAGGAUCCUCUUUAGCUGCCAUCAAAAAAUACAUCGCUGCCAACUUUGUGGUCGACGUAGCGAAGCAGUCGAUCUUCAUCCGGAAGUACCUUAAAUCUGCUGUUGAAAAGAAGACCCUCGUCCAAACAAAGGGAACUGGGGCAUCCGGACGCUUCAAACUCGCCAGCGCAGUGAAGCCCGAAAGUGAGACAAAAGCGGUUGUCAAGAAACCUGCAGCCAAAAAGCCAGCGGCCAAAAAACCUGCAGGCGAAAAGAAGGUAGUAAAAAAGCCAGCCGCCAAGAAACCAGCUGUCGAGAAAAAAGUAGCGCCGAAAAAAGCAGCAGCCAAGAAACCAAAGGUUGAGAAAGCAGCGAAGCCAAAAUCACCAUCGAAGGCGAAAAAGACCGGGAAAGUUUCAACUGCUAAACCCAAAACCCCCAAGCCUAAAAAAGUAGCAGCUGCUAAACCGAAAACAGCCUCCAAAAAAUAA